ACAUGAUCAUUACCUUUUCCCCCUUUUUAAACAUGUUUAAAUAUCUCGAAUAUUAGCUCUCUAUUCCUAUCAAUUGUUGAUUAUAAUUUCCGAUCGUCGAUAAUAUAAUUUGAGAUCAGAAGGAACCAUGACUGCUUCUAUGAACCAAUCGUUUGGGCAGUCAUCUAAUAAUCCAUUUGGGUCUUCAUCAGUUUUUGGGCAGAACAAUAAUCCAAACAACGAUCUGUUUGUUGCAAAACCAUCUGUUAGUAGUUCUCCCUUUGGUUCACAAACAGGGAGUUCAAUUUUUGGCGGCACGUCUACCAGUGUGUUUGGUACGCAAGCUUCAUCACCAGUUUUUGACGCCUCGUCAACUCCUGCUUUUACGAGUUCAAUGCCUGCUUUUGGAGCUUCAUCCAGCCCAUUCUUUGGUGUUUCAUCCUCUUCUUUUGAUAGUUCAUCUGUGUUUGGGCAGAUGCCUGCAUCUAGUCGCUUUCGAUCCACGACACAGUCAAGUUAUACUGAAAGCUCAUUUCAGAAACCAAAACCUGCUACAAGCUCUUCUUUCAGUUUUGGGUCAAGUCCAGCAUUUGGUCAAUCAACUUCUGCUUUUGGAAGCAAUCCGUUUGGUGCCACUAGCACAACCGUUGGCGUUCAAAGCUCCCCAUCUGGAUGUAGGUGUCGGUUUUGUCAACCAUGUUUUGGAGGUCAACAGCGUGGGGGAACUAGAGUAACUCCUUAUGCUCAAACACCUGAGGCCGAUACGAGUAGUGGAACUCAGCCUGCUGGAAAACUGGAGUCAAUAUCAGCGAUGCCUACAUACAAAGAAAAAUGUCACGAAGAACUUAGAUGGGAGGAUUAUCAAUUGGGAGAUAAAGGGGGGCCGGAUCCUGCUGCUCAAUCUAUUAGUGGAACAGGUUUUAACAUGAACAAUACACAACAAUCAAACCCUUUUGCUUCUGCUUCACCUGCAUUUGGGCAGUCAUCUGCAAAUACGUUUUCUUUCACUACGUCUACCACUCCAAUUGCCCCAAAGACUUCAACGGGGUUUUGGAGCUCAACUCCGUCACAUGGCUUUGCAAGCACUCAAUCAUCCCCUUUGUACCAGUCAACCACACCUACUCUUGCGCAGACUAGUUCUCUAUUUGGUUCAACAAGCGCCCCCGCUUUUGGUUCAACAAGCACACCUGCAUCUGGUGCUACAAGCAGGCCAGCUUUUGGUUCAACAAGCACACCUGCAUUUGGUUCUACAAGCACCCCUGCUUUUAGUUCAACAAGCACACCUGCAUUUGGUGCUACAAGCACGCCUGCUUUUGGUUCAACAAGCACGCCUGCAUUUGGUUCAACAAGCACGCCUGCUUUUGGUUCAACAAGCACGCCUGCUUUUGGUUCAACAAGCACACCAGCUUUUGGUUCAACAAGCACGCCUGCAUUUGGUUCAAUAAGCACGCCUGCAUUUGGUUCAACAAGCACGCCAGCUUCUGGUUCAACAAGCACGCCUGCAUUUGGUUCAACAAGCACGCCUGCUUUUGGUUCAACAAGCACGCCUGCAUUUGGUUCAACAAGCACGCCUGCUUUUGGUUCAACAAGCACGCCAGCUUCUGGUUCAACAAGCACGCCUGCAUUUGGUUCAACAAGCACGCCUGCUUUUGGUUCAACAAGCACGCCUGCAUUUGGUUCAACAAGCACGCCUGCUUUUGGUUCAACAAGCACGCCUGCUUUUGGUUCAAGCCCUCCAGCUUUUGGUGCUUCUAGCACUCCAGAUAUUGUUGCAUCAAGCACACCGGCGUUUGGUGCUUCAAGCACUUCGCCGUUUGGUGUUUCAAGCACUUCGCCUUUUGGUGCUUCAAGCACACCGGCGUUUGGUGCUUCAAGCACUUCGCCGUUUGGUGUUUCAAGCACUUCGCCUUUUGGUGCUUCAAGCACACCGGCGUUUGGUGCUUCAAGUACUUCGCCGUUUGGUGCUUCAAGCACUCCGGAGUUUGGUGCUUCAAGUACUUCGCCGUUUGGUGCUUCAAGCACUUCACCGUUUGGGUCUUCACCCGCUUCUGCUUUUUAUGCUACUUGCUCUUCUUUCAAUUUUUCGUCAAAUCCAGCAUUUUGUCAAUCAACUUCUAUAUUUGAAAGAAGCAGCCCAUCCGGUGCUACUAGCACAGCCUUCGGGGCGCAAAGCUCCUCAUUUGGAGGACAGACCACAACACCAACAUGUUGCAGUCCUAGGUUUGGUCAACCAUGUUUUGGAGGUCAACAGAACAGGGGAACUAGAGUAAUUCCUUAUGCUGACACACCUGACAGUGAUAGUUAUGCUGGAAAACUAAAGUCAAUAUCAGCAAUGCAUGCAUACAAAGAAAAAAGUCACGGAGAACUUAGAUGGGAGGAUUAUCAACGUGGAGAUAAAGGGGGCUUGGAUCCUGCUGCCCGGUCGUCUGGUGGAAAGAGCUUUAACCCGUUUGCACCUAUGCCUUCUUCCAUUUCAUCUACCAACCCAUUUGGCCCGAUGACUUCAACCUUUCGCUCAACUCCUUCACUUGGUUCUUCGCCUUUUGGUCCUGCAGCAUGUAAUCCCUUUAAGUCAACACCAUCACCAGCACCAUCUGCAAUUGGGUCAACUUCAUCUUUUGGACCUACACCUAUGAUCAUAACCACACCUACUCUUGUGCAACCAAGUUUCUCUUUUUCGCCCUUUUGGUCAACACAACCACCAUUACCCUUUUGGUCAACAGGUGGCACAUCAAGCAAUUUUGGCCGCGUCGUUGACAAACGAGCUCCUAUGAAGAUAUCAUGUGCGUUGACUUCUCGACAUCUUUCUAAAACAUGCCCCAAAAAUGUAAGUCCAAAGUUUUCAUUUAUCAGUAACGAGGAAAAGACUACUAGCACAACACCAGCGUUUGGUCAACCAUCUUUUGAAGUUCCACAACGUGGGCGUACUAGAGUAAUUCCUUAUGGUCCGACAACUGUGACCGAGUAUGAAUAUGGGUCAGAAUUUGCUGGAAAUAUGGAGUCAAUAUCCGCAAUGCUUGCAUAUAAAGAACAAAGUCACGAAGAACUUAGAUGGGCGGACUAUCAAGUAGGAGAUGAAGGGGGGCCAAUCCUAAUGCUCAAUCUUUUCGUGGAAUGGUCUUUAAAAUGAACAACACGCAGUAACCAAACUCAAGGAUUCAACAUGAUUUUAUGGUAUUAUGACUUUUACACUUUAAAUGUUUGUUAUGGAGACUCUUUGGAUGUAAAUGAUGGUCUAAUGUAAAGCUUGAACUCUAUAUAUUUAUGUUAUGACAUGAAA